AUGAAGACUAAGUUCUAUACAUAUAAGAACAAACCCAGUAGUUAUGCCCAGGUGAGCACUAUUCUCACCAUGUCGCAUGAGGUUGUGGAUCGUGUUUCUGUGGAGCGUGCUGAAGAUGGGCAGUUCGCGUACUACAUGGCAAAAUGUGAGUACAACGCCGUAAAAAACCGUAUAUCUGGGCGUUUGCCGCCAAUUGUCCCGCUCGUAUACGAUUUUGACGAAGAUGACCUCAGUAACUACUGCAGCAGUACCGCCGACAGUAGAUCUGCCACUCUAAGGAGGGGAGAAGACAUGGAUUUGGACUGCACGGAAAUCGAUGGGGAACUUCUUAAACUUUCUGCGGCGCACCGCGAGCGGGAUAUUGAAUCGAGGGGCAUGCGUAAAAUGAAGCCGUCCCCACUUGAGCUUAUUCUGCAUCGUGAGACACUCGCUCGGGGAGACAUUAACCACGUUGAAUCUUUGUUCUUUCGCCGCAUGGUUGCACCUUUUCGAGACAACCCGAUGUUCAAAGUGCUUGACUUCUUUCGACAGGAGCAACUGGGUCGAAAGCAGGUUGAGGACGAGUGGGCGAGUGAGUCGAUGCCCUUUCUUGAGAUGUGCAGAAUGGAACAAACGGAUUACAUGGAGGACUUCUUAAUCCGUGCGAUUAGGGGGAAAAAUAAGUACAGGGGUCCAUCUGCUGGAGAGAGCAUGACAUUCGAAAAGGUUCCGUUGGAUGUUCGUUUGUAUGCUCCACUAAAGCACCGAUGCGACAUUAUACGAAGUGAAACAGAAUCGGAGCAGGAAAUAGCUUUCUAUUACCUGAUGUUGGGUCAGGCCGCGCAGCGUGACCUUGUUGAGAAGAACGUUAUCUGCCGUAACCCGACAUCAGGUCUUAUGGACUCAGUUCAACAUCCCAUCGACGUAUCUAAUUACGAGGCUGUGGAUCUUGCCUUCAGCGCGGAGUGCCGGUAUCUCCAACAGCGUGAGGAAACAGGUCGUAUGGAGGUUAUAAACUUGGAGUUUGACGAAAAGGAAGCGAUACUUGCCGCAGAAGAGGAGAAAAAGGCUAGGGCCAUCUCAGAGCGCAGAAACAGAAGGUGA